AUGGAGGAAGUCGUGAAUCAAUUGGAAGCUUUAAGUCUCUCAAAUGACAAGAGGAGGGUUAAAGGGCAACGGAAAGGGAAGAAGAAGAAGCAUGGAAACUCUAGAGCGAGAGAUGACCAUACUGUAGUCAUAAGAGGUAAUAAACAGCGUUUGAAGACGUCGCAUCAUAAGAAUAUGCCUCAAUUUUAUGAUUCUGCUAAAACUUUAGGAAUAUUCCAUGAUCACAAACUUUACGAAAUGAAUAGAAUGGAUUUGUUUCCACAAUUAAAAGAUCCCAUAGCUCAUAUAGCAAAGUCAACACCUGCAGAGAAAACUCAGUUAGUUAGGCCAUUUCUGGGUAUAUCACUGUAUGAAAAUCAUGAUAAAUACUCUCCAAUGACAGCUAAGGAGCUGGAUACUACUGAGGCAUGUUCCACAUAUUUAGAUCAAUAUGAAAAUAGUCACGGCCAAAAAUAUGGAGAAGACCGAGAUUUUGUUAUAGUUACAGCAAGACAUCAUAUGAUUGAUUUGGCAAUUCUCCCUUUUUCAAGGCAGUUUACAAAUGUAAAUUUGCUGUGUGCAUACACACCUGGUAAUUUGCUGGAAAUAUCUCAGGAUCCUGCUGAUAACACAAAUGAUAAAGUGGGCGUUAACACAGAUAACCCAAUCCUGAAGAAGAUCUGCUUUUCUGGCUUUGCACUAGAAGAUAUAUUAACUGAAUCUGCUAACGAUGAGGAAAGGAAUCCUACGUUUCUGAUAGUCGAAAAUGAAAUAGCAAAUACUAGGUUGUUAAUGAGGUGUGAAAUUGAUGCGUACAACCCAAUUACUUCACACUAUACCGAACUUAAGUGCUACGCCAAAUACAACUUUGGGAACCCAAAUCAUAGGAGGAAAUUGUUAAAAUCAUGGAUUCAAACUGGAGUAAUACCUACAACUGACAUAGUAAUUGGUGUUAGAGAUACCGAAAGUGGGUGUUUGCAGGAUGUUCGAUGCUACAAUAGAAAUCUGUUAUACAACAAAUUAAUCAGUAAAAGUCUACCCAGGUGUGACAGCGAACUGAAUUACGAUCCUGCCAUUUCUGUGGUAUGGUAUAGAAGUUUAAUUAAUACAUUAACAACAACUAUAGCAUCCUUGCUAGAUAAAUUUGGUAGAGAUGAGCCUCAAUUAUUCAGUAUCAAAGUAGACAAUAACUGUAAUAUUAGGAUAGAACAUAGACAAAACCCAAAUUAG